CCCUUUCCCGGAAUAGUUGCAGCUAGCUACAGAUGGCUAAGACAGGCUAAAUCAAAGCGGCUCGGUUGGCCGCGUUGACAAGCGCAAGUAUCACGUCCACAGAAAGGAUUUAUUCCCUUAAAAACACACACGAGACCAAAACGCUGCUGAACAACACUCCUAUAAGGCUGGGAGACGUCUCGUUUGGGAGUUGGCGUUGCAGCCCUCUGAGGACUGACCUCUGGACGUCAGGUGGAGAUGGAUGCCUACUCCACUGUUUAAUUGCAGCCUGUUACACUUGUGGGACCUGCUGCCAGAUGAGCAGUGGACCUCACCGCUCAACAUGAAGCCUGUCAGCUACCAGAGCAUGCCAUCGUCUGUGAACGGUGGACAUCCGGCUUUGGAUCGUGUGUUGAGCACCUCGAAUGUGAUGUAUUGUGAGAAAUGUGGCUUCGGUUCUACAGACGCCGCCGCGUUCAAGAAGCAUAUGGUCGAGCAUAUGGGGACGAGGUUCUACUGUUUCUAUUGCAACAAUGUCUCAUUCAGUGAGGCAGAGUUAAACGCUCACCUGAAGCAACACACUGCAAAGUAUCCAUUCAAAUGUCCUCACUGUGGACAGGGCUACAUGCGGAGACUGUGCCUUGUGAAGCACAUUGACCGUUUGCAUAGUAAAGGCAUUAGUUUUGGACCUGCUAAGCCCGGCACGACAAAAAGUCCACACGUUCCUGUCUCCAGUGCCUUACCAAGUGUUCCCACUGCUGACACGUCGUCAGUUCGACCAGUCGUUCGGGUGACAGUGCCCACCCCGAGUGCAUCUGCAUUCAGGCUGGGUAAAGAUGAACAGAGGGGGAAAACUCUGGACACAAACGUAUCAAACGCCACUAACGGUAACGCAGAACUCUGGUCCCCUUUGAAUGGACUCAUUCAGCACAACAGGGCUUUAACGGUCUCUCUUCCAGAGGAAGUCACCAUUCCUGCUGGCUGCUUGGUUGAACUUGUUGAGGUGAAAACUGUCAACGGGACGAAGGAGCUAAAGCUGAGGCUCGUCUCUCAACAAGAAAACGAGUCCGUGAUAAAAGACACAAGGACCUCGGUCUCUCAAAACACUGCGCUGGGAAAGCCACUUUCCUCCACGUUAAAUAAUCCAAACACAGUGAAGUCUACAAGUUUGGGGAUGUGCACGGUUAACAGGAAACCGUAUGAAACAAAGACUGUGAAUGUGGAGCGUCCUGCUGUCGUUCCAGUCAAUAUUUCCAAAAACCUCCCCUCUCAAAUCAGCAAAGACAAAAGUGUGUUAAAAAGAACGUCGCAAGAAAUAAUCAACCUGGAAUGUCACACACUCAUCCCAAACAAGGUUCCCAAAAGCACCCUCAAUGCUGCAAGAGAAGGCAACAGUGGGAUCAAAGUCACACAGAGAGAACCUGUGAACCACGGCGCUGCUCCGCCUGCUGUUACCUCCACCAGGGUUGCCAACAGGCUGACGAGCACCCUGCAUCCAGAAAACAUGGGAGCAUGUGUUUCUCAGAGAGCAGCGGAUGAGAGAAAGACUUUAAUUCCAGAGCAUUCCAAGAGUAUCCCACCCAGGAGGGCAAGUGACACAAAAAGCAUUCCCCGAGACGGGUCUGUGGCUGUUAAGCUAGAGCCCAGGGAGAUCAACUUCAAGAAGAACGCUGCUUCAAAAAUAAAGAACCCGCGAAGUUUAAAAUCAGCUCCUCCUUCCCUGAGCGUUCCCUCAGCCGCAGCGGCCCAAGUGAGACCUCCAGCCAUUUUAGUUUGUAAGGAUAAUGUUGUAAGUGCGUCUUUUUCAGUACCCAGGACUCUAAAUGAGCUCACAUCGUUCAAAACGCCCGUGCUUUCUAAUCGCACGAAUUCAAAGAUCUCGGCUUGGAACCAGGAAAGCAGAUCCAACGAGAGAGCCGCAGAGGCAGACCCGCCGGAACCGGAGGGCUUUCCAGUCAUCUCGUCUGUGUUUUCAUUAAGCCAACAACCGGAGGACGUGCAAGGCUCCAUUCAGCCGCUGGUGAUGGCUCUGCGCGGUAUAGUAAUGGAUAAAAGCAACAGUUCCGGUAGUGCGACGCGAGAUCACGUUAAGAUACCGGGCAGCACAGAGCGGAUGAAGGAGGCGGCACCGUCGGGGCGCUGUGCUCAGGUGGCCCCAAAGGAUGGCUCCUUCAUCCGUGACCUUUUAUUGGCAGGGCGGACCAGUGAGUCUGUAAAAGUAGAGGAGCAACAUAGGGGUGUCCAGCACCCUCCUGCACUGACCAACAACCAUACCCACGUCAAGGAGGAAAAAAUGAACACGGCGCCAACAAACAACAAUAAAUGCAGUCAGGCUCCCGAAUUGAAAGAUGAGGACGCUGUUUCUGAAACCGCAGCACACGUAGACGCACCCGGGACUGCAGACCCCCUACAGCAAAUGGAAAGAAGUGACCAUGACAUCUCCUCAAAGUUCCUGACUGUCUCUCUGAAAAGGGUACAAGUAGGCGUGUGGAAAAAAAACAAGAAGGGACUGAAACUUAGAAUUUCCAAAUACAAGACUCUGCCGGUGGGCAGUCUAACUGAUUGCACAGUUAUUCACCCGAUGCCGCUGAAGGUGGACCAACUGGUGAAACGGCCGGGCCCGAACCAGCCCGUGGUGGUGCUCAAUCACCCGAAGCCCCGGGCCUCCGUACAAGGAGCGAGAGCAGACACUUUAGCUGACACCGGAGCCUCUGAGGUGGUUCCAAAGUGCCAAAUCUUAAAAAUGAGGCUGAGCAAAGUGAUGGGGCAGAAGUACGAGGUGAUGGGAUGCACUGUCGGAGCCUUUCCAUGAAUCUAUCGGCGCAUCAGCGGACAAAAGUGUACAUUUUUGAGGAAAUACCUAGUAUUACAAUGGGAAGAUGUCUUAAAAAAAACAAUACCGGGCACCUAUUUUCUUUAUGGGAGCAUAAGAUUAGAAAAAAUGGACAUACUAGUAUCACUGAGCAUUAUGUUGUACUAAUGUUGUUUAUAUAGGCAUGGGGUAUGGAGUAUUCAAGUGCAAUGCAGUUUGGCUGCUUUGAUAGACGAUGGGUCACCUGCUGUAGCAGAUCGCAGUCACUAACAUAGAGAUGUCAGGUACUGUUUCAGAAGGUCAGAGUUGAGGCAUAAACAUACUGUAUUUACUUUCUGUUUGCAUCAGUUCACUUUUCGUCUGGCUCCUCCAAGAUACACCCCCAAUUUGGCGCAGUACCCCCUGAGACGAUCGAAUCUGUGUGUGCGCUAACCCACUCAGAACAGAACCACUGCCGUGAAGAUGCAGAACAUGCACACCUCUCAGUUUUUAAUGAUGGGAAAAAUCUGCGGUGGGUGUUGCGUAAUUGUGAUGAUCUGUAUGUGAGAAGUCAUUUCUUAGGUUCAACCCAUGAACCCAACAUGCAGUAUGUGUCACAAAAGCAAUGUAAAAAUGUCCUAUUCAAGGAGUAAUUCCCAUUUUAUUUUGUUAAUGCUCAGAUUAACAGAAUGUUUCCAAAUCGGUCAAUUUCACAUCAGCAUAUAUGGGCACAAAGCACCUACAAGCCUCUAAAAUGUUUCUCUUCAACAGUGGCCCUCUUUUUUUCUUGUGUUUAUGAUGAUGACACUAAUACUGCACCCAAAAAGUCAACAUGUUAACACUGAUAAGCUUCUAACUGGUCAAAAAAAGGCAUGUCCAAAUUCACUCCAAAUAUUGGCCAGAGAAAUGGGACUUUUGUUACAAAUCACAGCCAGCGUCCUAUGUGCAGCUCAGUAUCCUUUUUUUAUUUUAUGUAUGGCGUCUCAGUAGUGUCGUGGUGCAUUCAGGUACUCUUUGCAAAAAAUUGUACCAGAUGGUCAUCAGUCACUGGUAAACUGGUCGGAUAAACUGGACCAAUGACAGAAUCCCUGCCAGGUGUAAAUAGUGGAAGGUAGGCAUACACACCACAGUUUGUUUUUGUUAUCUGGUUGGCUGUGUUGCUAUCACUGGGUCUUGCAGAGAAAUAGAAGGUUUUAUUUGCCAGUUGUCCUUGAUGUGUUGUGUGAAGUGAAAUAAUCUGUAAACUUGGGUAUUAUGGAAUGUGACCCGGUUUCCCACCAGUAUUAACCACUUUGCUGGCCAUUCUCGGUGAUGAACUUGAAUGUGUUUGACUUUACCAGCUGACGAGGAGUGCCUGAAUGCACCGUUAGUUUUGGUUUCUGUAAGACUAAAGCUAAAACGUUGACUAUACCUAAUAGCCCUAAGUACAGAUGGAUGAGGAAGGUACAUUGAUCAAUUACUACUUCCUGUUUGAAACUGUACGAGAAAGCUCAAAGGGCAAAAGUAAAGUGUUAAAGAUUGCCUUUUUAUUUAAUUGUUCUGAUAUUUGCUGUAUGGAUUUAAAUACGGUGUUUGUUUUCAUUGAAUUUAAAUAUCUAAUUAAUCACAUAUAUUUUGUGAUUGACUUAUUAUAGGUCCCAGAAACAAGUGUUAAUGCGAAAAUAAUCUUGGGUCAUUGUUGCACUACGCUUUACACUUUGGUUUCUUUUAUGUCACAACGUCCAUGAUAGCCUCUUUACAGAAGACAGCGGUGGAGAAUGGAACAGAUAAAAGCAGCCUAAACUAGUUUAUUACUGUAACAGAAAGCCACGUACUUUAAUUUUUUUCUUAUGUCACCGCCAUGUACAUACUCUGUGGUGAUUUGGGGGCCAUUGUAAACCUGUUGAAACUUGUAUAUUUUUCAAAACCCAUCAAAAGGACAUAAGCAAUCUUUUAUCCAAAUACUUUUCAAAUCUGUGUUCUCUUCUUACGACAGCAUUACAACACCUGUGUGUUCUUGUUUAUAAUGUUAUCAUGAUGUAUGAGGUGCUAGACCUAUGAUGAAAUUUAUAGGUUUUGGUUACCCACCGUUUUUAUUGUAUAUAUAUGUUUUUGAUCACCCACAGAUUUUAUUGUGUAUAUACUUAUAUAUAUAUAUAAAUAUAUAUAAAACGUGAUGACUGGUGUUCAUACUCAGUAGGGAAUGGUUAACAUUCCUCAGCCUCUUCUGCAGCAGCAGAUAUGUUGUGCUUUACUUUCUCAACGCUGCAGUGUCUCAAGCUGCCGUGCAGUCUUUGUUAUCUAUAAUUAUUUUAAAGGUGUGACAGUUCUUUAUGAAUAUUUUGCUUUGCCCUUCAUUCACUCAUUUGUGUGUCAAUUAGUCAUGUUACUGUUAAAACUGUUUUUGGUUCUCUCCAUCCUCAGUGGUCAUCAUUGUGUUCCAUGCUUUUAUAAUAACAAUUGUGUAACCCCUCUUUUCUAUUAAAACAAAGUA